UCUGAUUCCUCAGUUUGUCCUCUCAGGUGUCUCUGACUCUCUGAUCCCUCAGUUUGUCCUCUCAGGUGUGCUGAUUACCUGUCCCUGUGAGAGGAGGAGAUGAAGCUGAAGGUGCUGCUGUGUGUCUCUGCUCUGCUCGGUGCCUUCCUGCCUUGCCUUGCAUACUGUCGUCCUGCUGACUCCCCCAUCAGCCCCCACCAGCUCCUCCCCCGACCGCUGCUCCUCCACCUGGGUGAGGAGUUCUCCCUCCAGCUGGGGGGAGGUGGAGGAUCCUCCUCUGGUCUGGACCUCCUUUCCUCCUCCUCCUCCUCCUCUGCAGUGAACCGGGCUCUGCUGCAGCUCACACAGCGCCUCCUGCAGGCUCAGGCGGAGCAGGAGGAGGAGAGCGCUGAGAAGGGGAAGAGGUCCGAGGAGCCCCCGAUCUCUCUAGACCUGACCUUUCACCUCCUGAGGGAGGUGCUGGAGAUGGCGCGGGCAGAGCAGCUCGCCGUUCAGGCGGACAGCAACCGCAGAAUGAUGGACGAGCUCGGGAAGAAAUAAAAAACACUCAAACAAUGGACUUCUGAUUUUUUAAAAAUGUUUGACCCUGUGAGAGCCUUUGGAGUCAGUCUGUGUUAGACCCCCCACCCGAACACACACACAGGACGUCUGGCUCUCUGAAUCAAACACCGACAUAUUAACGAUUUACAAACACACAGGGAACCAAUCAGCUUUAAGCUCUGAGCCUCAAACAGGAAGUCACACACACCUUGUUGUUUUCACAUCCAGCUCAGACGAUUUCUCAGAUUACUGAAAUAAAAAAACAUUUCACCAACAAGUCGUGGAUCUGAUGUUUCUUUUCUUCUUCUCCUCUUUAUUAUUCUGUAGACGGUUCAUUUAUUCAGUCUGCAGGUGAGCCGCAGAGAAAAAAGGAAACUUCUCUUUUCAUAACAAAACAUCAUUUAUUCACA